AUGGCGACAUCUUCAUCAAGGGCCUCUGCCUUGGCGCUCCUCUUGUGCGCCUUGUCGGCCUCCUCCUUCCACGUCGCCAUUUCAGGCCCGCCGGCGCCGUCGCCCGGCAAGGAUGACUUCCUCUCGUGCCUCACAAAGACCGUCCCGCCCCGCCUCCUCUUCGCCAAGAGCUCCCCGGCGUAUGGCUCCGUCUGGUCCUCCACCAUCCGGAACCUCAAGUUCCUGUCCGACAAGACGGUGAAGCCGCUGUACAUCAUCACCCCCACCGAGCCCUGCCACAUCCAGGCCACCGUGUCGUGCGGGCGCAAGCACGGCAUGCGGCUCCGCGUCCGGAGCGGCGGGCACGACUACGAGGGCCUGUCGUACCGGUCCGACAAGGCGGAGCCGUUCGCCGUCGUGGACCUGUCCAAGAUGCGGCAGGUGCGCAUCGACGGCAAGCAGGCGACGUCGUGGGUGGACUCCGGCGCGCAGCUGGGCGAGAUCUACUACGCCGUGGCGAAGGAGACGCCCAAGCUCGGGUUCCCCGCGGGGGUGUGCGCGACCAUCGGCGUCGGGGGCCACUUCAGCGGGGGCGGCUUCGGCAUGAUGUUGCGCAAGUACGGCACCGCUGCCGACCUGGUCAUCGACGCCAAGGUGGUGGACGCCGAGGGCAGGCUGCUGGACAGGAAGGCCAUGGGCGAGGACCUGUUCUGGGCCAUCCGCGGCGGCGGCGGCGCGAGCUUCGGCAUCGUGGUGUCGUGGCAGGUGAAGCUGGUGCCGGUUCCCCCCACGGUGACGGUGUUCCAGAUCCACAAGGGCGUCAAGGACGGCGCCGUCGACCUGGUCGCCAAGUGGCAGCAGGUGGCGCCGUCCCUCCCCGAGGACCUGAUGAUCCGGAUCCUGGCCAUGGGGCAGGACGCGCUGUUCGAGGCCCUGUUCCUGGGCACGUGCAAGGACUUGGUGCCGCUGAUGAACGCCCGGUUCCCGGAGCUGGGGAUGAACCAGACGCACUGCAACGAGAUGUCGUGGAUCCAGUCGGUGCCCUACAUCCCGCUGGGGAAGACGGGCACCGUCAAGGACCUCCUCAACAGGACCUCCAACAUCAGGGCCUUCGGCAAGUACAAGUCGGACUACGUGCGGGACCCCAUCCCCAGGAGCGUGUGGGAGAAGAUCUUCACCUGGCUGGUGAAGCCCGGCGCCGGGGUGAUGAUCAUGGACCCCUACGGCGGCAAGAUCAGCUCCAUCGCCGACGACGCGACGCCGUUCCCGCACCGGCAGGGGAUGCUCUUCAACAUCCAGUACGUCAACUACUGGUUCGGGGAGGGCUCCGGGGCGCAGCCCAACCAGUGGAGCAGGGACAUGUACGCGUUCAUGGAGCCGUACGUGACCAAGAACCCGAGGCAGGCGUACGUCAACUACAGGGACAUGGACCUCGGCGUCAACCAGGUGGUCGGCGACGUCUCCACCUACGAGAGCGGCAAGGUCUGGGGGGAGAAGUACUUCAAGGGCAACUUCGAGAGGCUCGCCAGGACCAAGGCCAAGGUGGAUCCGCAGGACUACUUCAGGAACGAGCAGAGCAUCCCGCCAUUGCUCAAGUGA